UCGUUUAUUCAUCUAGUUCGCAGUAACUGCGUUAAAAGCGUUUUUUUAUUCACUUACUGCGCAGACGCUACAUUCGAUGUUGGGUUCUUUUAUUCAGUCCCUGCCGAAGUAUCCUGAGUACUGCAGCAGGUACGCGAAGGGUACCUUCCGUGCCCGUUGCAUCUGCAGAUGUAUGAUGGCGCCAUCCAUGAUUCGACCAUAACCUCCGUUCUGUCAAUACUCUCGGUUCAAACCGCAACUUGACUCAACUUCAAAUUUGUGAAAACAGAUGGAGGACGGAAUCGCAGCUGCUGUGGCGCUUGUCAUCGACAUGCCUUUGGAUCUGGAUCUUGAUGACUCCGAGGAUUCCGACUGUGAAGAUGCAAUAGUACUUUUAGCGGUAGUGAUAACUUUCAGCUUUCCUACAAUGUGCUCUUGAACUUAUGAGACUACGUUUGACAGACGAGUUACUAAUUGUAUUAUGUCUGAUCAAUAAAAUGAUUAUAACAACGAUCAAAGGCUAAAAUAUAUUUUCCCGGUAUUGCAUGUCGAGUCGUUAGAAAAUGUUGCAUAUCAACACAAAGGGUCAACUGUCUGUCAGGUAAAAAUGUUCGUCGAUGAUGUAAUAUUAAAACUGCAGAUAUUUUCCGCAGCAACUUAUUCAUCGAAACAAAAUCGAAAAGGUCGUUAAUUAUAUUGAAACAUGCCGGCGGAUGGAUCGCGAAACCUUCCGAUGUCAUUUCCGAUUGACUGUCCAAACAUUUGAGGUCGUUUUGGACAAAGUAUCUAUUGCACUACGAGCAGGAGCCCGCAAUGUAAAUAACGGAAGAAGUUCGAUACCUCCAGAAAAGAGUCUACUAUUAACAUUGUGGCUUUUAGCUACUCCAGACUCCUUUCGCUCUGUUGCUGAUCGGUUUGGAACCACCAAGAGCGUAGCCCAUCGUAACUUCUUACAGAUCACAAAGAUACUAUCUCAACUAGCUGCGGAAUAUCUAAGAUGGCCAACUAUACCAGAACUCAGACGUGUGCGGAUUCUGUUCGAUAAUUUGCGCCCUGAUAAUGGUUUUCCUGAUAUUAUUGGCGCAGUGGAUGGUACUCACAUUGCCAUUCGAGCUCCAAUAAUAGAUCCAAAAAGUUAUGUAAAUAGGAAGAAAUUUCACUCGAUAAUACUACAAGGUAUAUGUGACACAGAACUGUGUUUCAUUGACGUAUUUGUGGGUUGGCCAGGUUCAUCACAUGACAGUCGGGUAUGGCGUAGAAGCCCCAUUUGUCAGCAGAUUGAAGAGAACGAAAUCAUUCCAGAAGGCACGCAUCUAGUUGGGGAUAGCGCAUAUCCUUUGCAUAAAUAUUUGAUGACACCUUACAAAGACAAUGGACAUCUCACUCGGAGGCAAAAAAACUACAAUUAUGAACUGUCCUCCAAGAGAGUUGUAAUUGAACAAGCAUUUGGACGCCUUAAAGGCAGAUUUCGGCGGUUGAAAUAUUUAGAUAUGGCUUUAAUGAAUAAGAUAAAAACUGUGGUGAUCGCCGCCUGCGUUUUGCACAAUAUGUGCAUCAAGUGCAAUGAUCCAUGGGAAGAAGAAAUGCCUGUGGAACCUGAUAACAAUGUGGAUGAUGGGGCCAAUGAUGGUGUUAAUCACAACGAGGAUGCCAGGACAAAACGUGACAAUAUAGCUAGAAUGUUAGAGACACUAUGAAGUCAUCAUCAUCUGGUCUUGAUGAAUUCUUGGAUGGUUUUAUAAGUAUUAUAUAGGCGCAGUUUUUCAGAUACAG